AUGCCUCGUCCUGGAGGCAGGUUGGGCCGCUGCCGUUCGGCCUGCGGAGAAGAUCGCGACACUCAAUCAAUCCAAACAUACGAGUGCCGUGUGAAGAACAAACGGGAUUCUGGCCUCGGCAUUGCCUGGAACUCCGACGAGACGCCAACGCCGGCUGCCGUUGAACUGAUCAAUUACGAAGACGACGACGACGACGACGGUUCCAGCGGCGACGACGAGGGCGACGGAGGCGAGGCGAGAAGUUCGAUGCGGGUGUCUUUGCCCCGGCGAACGCGGCGUGACUCGCUGCUCCCGGCCGACGACGACGACGAGAAGGACGACGACGAUGAUGGCGCCGCCGAUGCCGACGAUGAGAUGGACCCGGGGCGCCAGCAGAAACACGAGCAGUUCACCCGCGACCUGAUCGCGGCCGAGUACCAAGCCAGUCGCAAACCGGCGCCGGCGCCAGUCGACUCGGGUGGUCCGUUUGAGGAUGGCCCCGAGGCAAGCUUCGACUGGCACAGGCAAGGGUUCUCGCGCUGGUGGCGUGGCGAUGACUCGGACAGCGAUUCUGACCCGGGCACAGUGAUCAGGCUUCCGCCGACGAACCGUCCCCGUUUGCAUCAUCAUCAUCAGCAGCAGCAGCACCAACCUCGCCCACACCCUUCUUGCGCGGCGGGAACGCCAGCAAGAGUAACAGCAAUGACAAUGAGAAUGUUGAUGGGCAUGUGA